UCGAUUUCAGCCAACUCUGAGUCUCUCCUGAUGUGCCAGAGGUCAUCAUCCGAUAGCUUCUUCCCUUCGCGCCGCCCCAAUAAACCGGUAGCUACUCUCAACUUUCGGGCUUCCUUCUAAUAUCCCUACCUUCUGGCAGUCCGCUACGCACGUCCCUCUCUUUUUUCGGAUAAGGCAGUUGGAUAUGCCGAUCCUAAAGGCCGGCAAGUGGGCGGAGUGGUGGAACGUGUACGUCGCGCUCAACUUCUGCCUUCUCGAAGAAGUGUUUCAUUGGGCAGAGCCGGCCAAUAAGGACGAGGAGGACGAAGUCCCCGAUGACGAGGUGGAGCUGCUGAUCGGCCAAGCCUGGAGAACGGAUACGGAGGGAGAACUACUCUGGAUUCUAUUCGAGAAGGUCAGGGACGAUCAUUUGGAGUCAAUCACGGGGGAAGUUCUGAUGUUCCUCGCUCAACUUUUGGUUGACCUGCGCUUGGAAAUUCUUUCGAGAGUGGAGGUGGGAGGAGUAGUCAACGACGCAGAGGAAGAGGAGGAAAGCAAAGAGGAAGAAGAAGAAGACUCGGAGCCUGAAGCCGACGAUCCCGAUUACCACGAGUUAGAGGAGAGUGAGUUGGGAGGGAGUGGACCGGACGAAUCAGGCAGCCCCAGCGAACAGAGCAACGAAGAGGACGGGCUAGCAACACGGCUGUCACAAGCGCUGCGGUGGAGAGCGAUGGCGCACCGGUGGAGAGCGAUUGCGCGGCGAUGGAACGCGUUACAAUGCAGCGAUAGCGAUAGCGAUGGCAGAGAUGAAAGAACGAUGCCGAUUGCGCACCGGUGGAUAACGAUGGCGCAGCGGUGGAGAGCGAUGGCGCAGCGCUGGAACAUCGAUGGAACAGAGAUAGCGAUGGCGCAGCGAUGGAACAGCAAUAGCGAAGGCAGCGAUAACGAUAGCGAUAGUGAUGGCAGCGAUAACGAUGGCGCACCGAUUGAGAUGGCGCAGCGAUAGAACCAACGUUGCGAUGAUAACUAUGGUGGAGCAACGACAACACAGAGCAAGACGAGGAUGAAAAAGAGAGAGAUGAAGAUGGGAGGAGGGCGGAUGUGAUAGAGAUAUCACAUUUUCAUGAUAAAACGAGAUACAAAAGCUAAAAGAAACGCAGCAGGGAGAGAGGUGUAUGCGACACGCCCUCCAAUGACAAACAACUGGUGUAGAAGGAGAAUGAAACGUUAGAACGUAA